GCCAAAUCUUGGAAGCCGUAGAGCUCCGAUCCAUAGCGAAAACAACCUGAAAAUUGCUCUGCGACAUCAACCCAUCACUCAAUUGCCCGCUCAGCACACCACGGGUACCCCGAGAGUCCAUCCCCCGAAUCUCCCGGCCAUAUCAGGAUAUAAUGUCGUUGUCAGCGUCUCGCGCCGUGCUCCGGCAAUCGGCCAAGUUCACCGUCCGCAACGGUCGCCGAUGCGAAUCCACGACUGCUAAAGCCACCGAGGCCGCAAAGGACACCGCGUCCAAGGCGACCGAGCAGGCACAGAACUUCCAGUCGAAGGCUUCUGAGGGUCUGUCGAGGGUCUCUGCCUCUGCUGGACCGGCUAUUAGCGGUGCCGUGAAGGGCCUGGGUAACACCCUCGGGAAGAUUGGUGGCCGCACAGGAAGGCUUAUUGCUUUCGUCGAGAGACAAAUUCCUCCAACCAUCUACUACGCCCGCGUCGGCCUGGAACUCUCCAAGCUCGUUUUCCAGGCGCAAAAGAUGGCACCACCACCUCUCGCAACUUUCCAAUCCGCCUUCCAGCAAGUCGUCAAGAACAGCAGAAACCCAUCUGCGUUCUUCCCUAACGCGUCCGUGAACUCCGUCCGCAACAUCAGCUGCGCCCAGAUCGCCUCUGGAGCUGUCAUCUUCGCUGAGGUCCUCGGCUUCUUCACCGUCGGAGAGAUGAUCGGCAGGAUGAAGCUUAUCGGAUACAGGGGAGAUACUGGUGCAAGCCAUUAGGAGGCUCUUGAUAUGUACUCUUGAGUCUGCGUUGGUUUGGGUGUUUAGAAGGCAGUGGUAGAGAUGGAAGAUGUCUGUUUUUACGUUGGAGAGGGGAGGGAAGAAAGGAUGGAACGAUAGAUGGGAGACAUCGGGCUCAGCAUUGCACAUACUCUGCGGCCAUUUUUCUUGCGUCAUUGUACACUAAAAGACAAUUGAAUUAUCGUAAUGCUAUAGCCUCUAGAUGUAGCCUUCUGGCGAAUAUAAAUCGUAG